UUGAGCUGACCGUGUCCGUGACCGCUGAACUGUGCGGGAGCUGCGGUAACGGCUGUUCUGCGGUAACUGGGCAGCGCGAGCGCCAGGUCAGCUUAUAUUAAUCAGCGCUGAUCCGCCACACCUGUUCCUCCUCUCCGAACCUGUGAGGAGCGGAACUCGUAUCUCCGGGCUCUUUUUGCUGAGGGCGGAGAGUAGUGUUGCAGCGCGCGGUGUUUAUCCGGUUCUGGUUUGUGGAUCAUGCAGAAAGCGCCGAAGAAAUACUUCGUGAACAUGGACGAGUACCUGGCCAGCGUCGGGCUGUACCGCAAAAUGAUGGCACGAGACGCGUCCUGCCUGUUCCGAGCUGUUUCUGAGCAGCUUUAUUACUCCCAGAAUUACCAUUGUAAAAUCCGGAAAGAUUGCGUGGACUUCAUGAGGACAAACCGCAGCCACUUCGAGCCGUUUGUUGAAGGAUUUUUCGAGAAGUAUUUGGAGCGUUUGGAGGAUCCUAAGGAAACUGCAGGCCAAGUGGAGAUCAAGGCUUUGUCUCUGCUUUACAGGAGGUGCUUCAUCGUAUACAGGUACCCGGGGAAGCCGCCAUCGGAGAUCGGAGAUGAAGACCUGCCCAAGAUUUUGCUCUGUUGCUCAAGCAACGGUCACUACGACAUUGUCUACUCGAGGACUUAUCCAGUGGACGCAGCGAUAUGCCAGUCACUGCUGUACGAGUUGCUGUACACUUGUGUUCUUGGUAUUGAAGAGGAGGAUCUGCACAUGGCUGUGGAUGGGUUCCGUGCUGGUGGGCGGCGCUAUAGGAACAGCCUGUCCGUGUGCAGUGAGGAUGGGGGUUACGAGACCCCUGAGGACAGGGGUUCCAGGUCUGCACAUGCUCAAACAGGAAUACAGGGCUAUGUGUUUCUGCCUGACCGCAGGGAGGAGUGGGAGUUUAGUGGUCAUAGUCGUUCGGAGGAUAAAGCCAAAUUUGGAACAGAAGACCAAAAGGCUCCAGAAGCACCAAUGAAACUUUCUCUUCCCUACAAAGUGCUGAAAGCCCUGGAGCCUGAGAUGUACCGCAACGUGGAGUUCGAUGUGUGGCAGGACAGCCGCAAAGAACUGCAGAAGACUGAUUAUAUGGUGUUUGCUGGCCGACAGUAUUUCUUAGGAGACAAGUGUCAGGUUCGUUUGGAUCCUAAAGGGAAGUACUACAAUGCUUUUAUACAGGAAGUGGGAACUCAUCAGAGCGCCGUCACUGUGUUUAUAGAAGAGCUGGGAGAAAAGCACUUGGUGUCUUUAACCAAUCUGAAGCCAGUAAAUCCAGUCCCAGCGUGGAACGUAACUCCCAGCAGGAAGGGCAGCUCCUACAGCAGUGCUGAACAUUACCCUGGAGAUCUAGACCCCGAGCUGCGGGGGCGCCGGCGGUUCCUGAAGAGGACCCGGGGUAAGGAGGUUCUCAUGGCCUUCUCUUAUGGCCGGUCCCAGCCCGGCCUGCCCCCCCGCCUGCAGCCCUGCCCGGGGAACCUGUCCCCUGUCCGAGCCCCGGGAGUGCACACUGCGCCCCCUGGAGGCCUGAGCUACGAGCACUACCGCCCCCACCCUGCACCCCGACCCCCGAGAGGAUACGGACCACCCAGAAGCUCAGCUCGUUUCCUGAACAGACAUCACCUCAUUGGACCGGAGAUGGCGUAUUACCCCAGCCCUGGAAAACGCUGCUACCACAGCUUCGACAACUAUUCCUUCAAAUCACGCAGGAGCAGGCGUCAGAUGCACUCAGUAAAUAAGGAAUGUCAGUUUGGCUUCGUGCCGGAUCCCGGAGAAGAUGCUCAGGACAUCGAAGGAGCCAUGACCUUCUACGAAAUGGAGGAAGCAGACGAAAACGCCUUCUCCACCAUACCAGGUCAGACUGUUAGCAGCACUAUGGUACCUGGUGCUGCUACUUACUGGGUACCAGGAGGAUCCAGCAAUAUAUCAUCCAGCAAACAACCCAUAACAUCAUCUGAGGAGGACCCUGAUGAAAGGAGCACUGCUGGAGACCAUGGUGAAUACACAGAGGAGUACAUCUUUUCUGCCUCUGAUGCAGGAUUUCAGGCCCCGUCUGUUUAUGCUGCCGCAGAAGCUUCCACCAACCUGACAAUUCAGGAGGGAGGCUCGCGUGCAGGCUCACCACAAGAGGGCGUUGCUACCUACAGUUACUCUCAGCAGGUAGUAGUGAAGUCAGCAGUGCUUUCCUCCUCCCAGCCUGUUAACUCCGCCCCCGCUGCCAUCUUCACCUCUAACUCCUCCCCUUCCUCCUCUGCCGGGAGCUCCCACAGCCCCCCCAACCCCCUGCAGCCCUCCAGCAUCACCCCCGGCCAGCCGCCGCCCGUACACGGCAUGAACCGGCCAGUUGUUCCUAUGCAGUUUCCUCCAGCGUCUCCAUGGUUUGUGAAUGAAGUGGGAGAGCCGGUCACUGUGGCUCCGCCUCCCCCUUAUUCCUACGAUCCUAACGGCAGCGACCUGCCCAGAGAUUGCAAAGUCCUGCAGUAUUUCUUCAACUUGGGGGUACAGACCUACCAGCAGAGUUACUGGAACUCGGUGGUGCACAUGCAGCAGGUGUACCAGCAGCCGGCGGGCGGCGCAGAGCCUCAGUACCAGCCCUACCCGAACCCGGCGCCGGCUCCCAGCCCCGACCACACUGUGCCCCAGCCGUACCCCGAGCCUGCCCGCCCGUGCCUCCACCCGCAGGGAGAGCCGACCAGCAACGGCACCCCUCUGGCGGUGGAGCCCCCGACCGCGGCGGUCCCGGGCACGGUGUUCUUCCCCCUGGUGCAGGAGCAGUGCAGCCAGCCCCCCCUACACCCCACCUACGAGCCCUACCUGCCCGUGCUCUCCACCACCUACCACUACCUCACGCCCUGGACCCCCGGGCCCCUCCCCCAUCCCCGCCUCCACCACACCUCCUACUGCCCCUCCUCCCUCCCCCACGUCAACUACGUCACCGCCCCCUCUCACCCCACCCACUUUGUGCCACCCGGUGUGUAACCACCAAUCACGAGGGGCCCGGUCCUCGUCGUCUGUAGCACUACCUCACCGACACGGUUCCUUUUAGUUCAUUAUCUUAUAUAUAUAACUCCUUAUAUACGGUGUUCACUCUCUCUUGGUGUGUUUAUUAUCAUUUUUUUAUUUUUUUGUGUUAAGUUUCUCACGUGAGUUGUUUUUUUGUGUUCUGUACUGUUAAAGUUUGAUUUUCUUAAUAAAGGGUUUAAAUAAUAAAUGUUUGUGUUUAAUA